AUGGAUUUGGGGGUGCAUUUCUAUAACACGAACCAGAACCGCAUGGGUUCAACCCAGUUCGAGGCGCAGCCUAUACAGAUGCCGGAUCCGAUGGAACGAGCCAAGACCGGAGGUUUCCUGCAGCGAGGUCGAGAUCUGGGAGACAAGUUCCAGGCUGUGCCGCUUCUUCCCGGGGCAGCUCUCAACGGAGCUACGAUGCUGCCCAUGCGUGAGCAGGACUUCAGAGCCUGCGGUGGAGGCGGAAUUCAGUUUGCCCAGGCCCAGCUCUGGAACGGAGACGGCAGUCCGCAGGCCUGUCCGAAUCAGUUCCGCAAGGAUGGCCAGGCAGUGCUGACGCCCAUUGGCCAGAACUUUGCUCAGACGGAUAACCAGGCUAUGUCUCCAAACUGGCAGCCGCACAAGGUCUACCUGCCGCAGGGUCUGACUUCCUUCGUCGUAGUCGGUGAGGCGCACCAGGACAUGGCGAGCCCGAACUCUCAGAGCUCGCCAAUCCAUGUUCAGGCAAUCCCACUGCCGAUGGGGACGCCCGUGCAGCGCGACGUUCAGGCAAUGCCGUUGGCUCCAGGAGCCGGGCUACCUCAACACGCGCAGCGGGACGGGCAGGCUUAUCCUUUUGCUGCACCUGGAGCACCAGUGAUGCCGAUGAGGGACUGCCAGGCUUUCCCCAUGCAGGGCAACGCGGUAGCACGGCCAAUGCCGUACGAGGGCCAGGCCUUCGUCGUGGCGCAUCCGAACCCCAACGCGGUACCUUUGCGGAGCGACUGGCAGGUUUAUCCCGUUUCGCAAUCCGGGUCGAGUAGCCCCGAGCGGAAUGAGAGCCAGGCAUAUGCGCAGAUGACACAGAUGCAGAAUCUCGGCCCAGUCGGACUGAUGCCACUGGAGGGCCAGGUGACUGCUCCUCUGCCGCCUGGUGUGCCUAGUGAAGGAAGCAUUGGCCAUCCAGAGCUUUGCAGGAGGCCUUGCUUCUACUUCGCGAAAGGUUGUUGUACGAAUGGGAAGGACUGUGGCUAUUGCCAUGCACAGCACACGGAGAAGGCCCCAAAACUUGACAAGCGACAGCGUCUGGUCCUCCAGUCUCUCCCUGAGAACAUGCUCCUGGAGAUGCUGAUGAACCGCGUGCAGGAGAAGGCCGAAGAGAAGCGAAUGACAGCUGCCAUGACUGACAUCCUGGACCUGUGGCAGAAGCGGCUAGCAUACUUGGCCGUGAAUCCGCCGGUGGUGUCUCCUGAGGAUGCUGAAAAUCUGGCAGAAAGGUAUGUGCGGAAUCUGGACAAGAUCCUUCGAAGGAUGAACAUAUCGGAGCUGAUUGCCCUGGCAAUUCGCAGCGCAAAGGAGGAGCAAGGCUAUGUCGGCGAUCUGCGCGAGGCCCUGUCCCACUUGCGAACGAAGGUUCCACCGACACUGUGA